UUGGCAGGCGGGGCUUCUUCACGCUGCAGGCCCGUCACCUGCAGCCGCCAAUCACGCGGCGACAGCGCGAUCGCGGGCCGGCAGUCGCUCCACCCGCCGAAGGGACCGGCGCGUAGAGCCUUGGCUGCCCAGAGAGAACGGCAUCCAGAGCACAAUACUCGUCGCUGUGCUGCCAGGUCUCAGGUCUCAGGAUCCUUCACGCCUGGCCCCAGGUUACCCUGCGUGUAUAUGUGCUUCAUUGGCCAUGGCAGUCCCGGGGGAGAGCGAUGUGCUGUGGCUGUGGCCGUCGACAGAGCCCAUUCGCAGAUAUCGGCCCAAUUGCAUCUCAUGGCUGGUGGCCUCGAGGUCGGCGGGAUGGCACCAUUUCCGGUUAGAGUGAUCCCGCCGUUAAUCGAGCAUCGCCUGGAGCUACUUCGGGUCGAUCUCUUGCGCGGGCGUGGGUACACACGGAGGACUAAGCAGAUCGCUGAAGAAUCUCCACAGACAGGACCACAGAAAUAUCCAUAUCUCAGAACUAAUCCCAGGCAAAAAAAAAAAGCUCCAACAAUCCUUGCAUUAAUGCGAACUCCAUAUGUGCAGAUGCAGAUGCAGAAUACUUACAUAUUAAUUAAUCCAUGGAUGUCCUACUACCUACCUUCGACUACCCUUCCUGUUCUAGUAGGUGAGCAGCGCUGCCCUGAGCUCACCCCAUCAGGGAGUCUUCACCAGUCGCUAGGAGGUCCUGGAGGCAGGCACUUGCGUAAUAUCAGCAAACGUCAAUUCUAUUCCAGAAAGGCAUACUGUGAAACUGACUGA